AUGACGGUGGCUCGAACAGCGACAACUUUGUUAUUCAUCGUAUGCUCAUGCAUGAGCUCCACAGAGGCACAACGUGAAUAUGUGUAUACUCUGAAUACAACAUUCAAAAUCAAUGUUUUCAUUCCGUAUUAUACACAGUAUGGAAUGGACUUGAUGGCGCUGGAAAAUAAUGAUAUAGCUGUUAGCAAUACAAGCUUUAUUGUCUUCAAUUUAACAAAUGGAAUUCUUACAUCACCCGUAGAUGGUGCGAAUUAUUAUCUGAAAAAUCAAACUGGCGUAGAAUUUCCAUCGUACGUGCUUAAGCGAGGAAAGACCGAAUCGACAAGUGAUGUCUCUUUAUUCCGCUCAACCCCAGUGCAAACAUGGGUUGGCAGACAUAUUGGUCCUAAUAUCACUAUGACAGAACAGCCCGGUGCUGAUAACCUGUGGAUUGCUUGUAUGAAUCCUCAGGGUAUCUAUGUUAUCGGAUGGGAUCCAGAUUCUACACAUCAACCACCUAAAAGAUGCGUGAAUUACGCGAAAUACAAUCCUGGUGUUCUUUUACAUGUAGCUGACAAAUAA